AUGGCUGUGAUGCAGAUAUUUUUCCUUGCUUUGUUGGUGGGUCUGCUAACUCUGUAUUUUCUGAAACAGCUCUGGUCACGCAGACACUACCCUUAUGGGCCUCUUCCACUUCCUCUCAUUGGAGACAUGUGGCAGAUUGGAAUCAGACUUUAUCAAGAUACUCUUAUUAAGCAACAGCCAAAGCAACAUGGGAACAAGAGACUUGUGACCCCUUUCCUUAAUGCUGUAACAAAAGAAGACGAUCUUGUAUAUUCAAAUGGAGACAUCUGGAAGCAGCAGAGGCUGAUUGGGCAAAUGACUAUGAAGAAGCUGGGAUCGGAAAAGAAAGGCAUAGAGCACCAAAUAGAAGAGGAGGCCCGGCAGCUUGUGGAGACUUUUGCACGUGUGAAGAGUAAGCCUCUCGACCCUUUAUUACCCAUCACUACUUCAGUCUGCAAUGUGAUUUGUGCUAUGGCUUUUGGACACCGAUUUUCAGUUAAAGAUGAAGAGUUCCAGAAACUCAUAGAAGCCAUUGAUGUUGCCUUAAAAUGUGGAGGUAGCUUCGUUUAUGCUCUCUAUGAAAUGUUCCCACGGCUCAUGAAAUAUCUCCCAGGACCUCACAAGAAGGCAUUGUCCUCCAGGGAGAUGGUGCUGUCAUUUGCAAAGAGGGAAACAGAGAAGCAUAAGAAGCAUCGGACACAGCAUGGGCCACUGGAUUUCAUUGAUUUCUAUCUUUCUCAAAUGAAGGCAAAAAGCAAGGGUGACCCCAACACUAUGUACAAUGACCAAAACUUGGCUCAGUGUGUUCUUGACCUCUUUAUCUCAGGGACGGAAUCAACCGCCACCACUCUUCAGUGGGGACUGCUCCUCAUGGCAACCUAUCCCGAUAUCCAAGGCAAAGUCCAGAACGAGAUGGAAGAUGUUUUGGGCUCCACUCACUCAAUCCAUUAUCAAGACUGGAAGAAACUCUCCUACACCAGUGCUGUGAUUCAUGAGAUCCAGCGUGCCAAAUAUGCCUUCUUAUUCAAGAUCAUCAGUUGUUGUGCAAAGGAUGUCAACGUCUUUGGUUUUCUCAUUCCCAAGGGAACCUUUCUUAACCCAGAUCUGCACUCUUUUCUUCUUGACCCCAAGCGAUGGGAAACACCUGAAAAAUUCAACCCAAAUCAUUUUUUGAACAAGGAUGGACAUUUUGUAGCUAUGGAGGAAUUGCUGCUGUUCAGUGCAGGGGAUCAUGAGUGUCUGGAAGAGCAGGUGACACAGAUUGAGCUCUUCAUCUUCUUCACCAGCCUCCUGAGGGCGUUCACUUUCCAGCUGCCAGAGAGAGAGAAAGAAUUCAAGGAAGAGCCUGCAAUAGGGUUGACAACUUAUCCCCAUUCUUAUCAGUUAUGUGCUAUUCCCCGCUUCAGAGCAUCAUAAAAAUAAUUGGAGUGGCUUAUUUAUUUCUAUCCGUUUCUUCCACAUUCCAUUCCACAUGAUCCAAUGAUCUUCUCUGAUUUGCUCAGAUUCACUUUGUCAGAAUUUGAAGAGGGUCUCUGAUGUGAUGCCAAAUCAAACAUGAUCACCUGACAAACAGGAUUCUUCCUAGUUUGCCAUUUAUACCACCAGUGCCUAAUACUGAAAUACUGCAAUAUAUACAACUCAGUGCAUCUGAAAGACAAAAAAGGAGCCUAUUUGCUCAAUACAUACAAUCUAAUGCAAUCUUGUCACCUGGCAAAUUCACAGUCUCUGAAGGAAUGCAUCUCCAGACAUUUUGAACUUCAUCCAUCAGCCUGUCCUGAAGCUGUAUCUCCAAACAUGUAAGUCUUUGAAUUGUUUGGAAGAAAUAAAACUAGUUAAAAACCC